UACAUAAUGCUCUUUCAUAACUUUGCCAUUGUGCGACGCAUUAUUUUUAGUUUUGCGUACGCAACGCGCGUACGCGCUGACGGAGAGGUGUCAGGCUGUGGCACCUUCGUCGGAGGUCGCGUCUGUCUCCUUUCCGCCGACGCGUCUGAUGCCGAUCUCUUCUUGCUUAUCGUCCAAGCGCCGAUAAAUAAUUUAUCGACGCCUCGGCGGGUGUCCUCGCUCAAAGUUCUCGAGAUGUUUUAUCGCUGAAUUCAAGUUGAAAAUUUAAGUUCUUGAUCGAUCAGCCUUUGUUGAUUGUUCUCGUUGGCGCUUCUGUUGUAUGAAAAGUGCUGUAGUAUUCGUAAUACUUGCGUUGCCACCGGACACGAUUGUUGUAUCGUUUUUACACGAUUUGCGUCAAAUUGUAGCCUCUUUUUUAUCAUUUGCAAGACUACAUACCUUCGUAUAGAGAUGUGUGAAAUGUAUUUAAGUACAAACCCAAAGUUUGGUUUACUCUUCGAUAUUGACGGUGUCAUAAUACGCGGGAAACAAGUACUGCCGCCGGUAAAGGAGUCCUUCAAACGGCUUCAGGGGGACAAUGGCAAGUUUCGCGUCCCCACGCUGUUCGUCACUAACAGCGGAAAUUCGCUGCGCAGCCAGAAAGCGGCGGACCUGUCCAAGUGGAUAGGCAUGGAAGUCAUGGAGUCGCAGGUCGUCCUGGCCCACUCACCGUUGCAAAUGUUCGACUAUCUUCACGAUAAACAGGUUCUCAUCUCGGGUCAAGGUCCAAUAACGAACAUAGCCCGCGAGCUGGGCUUCAGGAAGACGACAACCAUAGAGGAACUAGUGAGGAACUUUCCAUGCUUAGAUUACAUAAACGUGAAGAAGAGGAAUCCGAUUUGCGGGCCCAUCGACCCGACUUUCCCGCAAAUCGAGGGAAUCGUGCUCCUGAGCGAGCCGGUAAACUGGGAAACGCCGUUGCAAUUAAUGGUUGAUCUUCUAGUUACCAACGGGAUGCCCACGGGAUUGCCCACUGCUAUUCCAUAUCCACACAUUCCAGUGUUGGCAUGCAAUAUGGAUCUGCUUUGGGCGUCGGAGGCGCCGAUCCCGCGAUACGGCCACGGCGCUUUCUUGUUGUGUCUCGAGAACUUGUACAAGAAAGUCACGGGCAAAGAUAUGACCUACACUGCUCUAGUCGGAAAACCUAGUGAGAUUACGUAUUACCACGCCAAUCAAAUGCUCGUUAAUCACGCCAGAAGCAUCGGCAUCGACAAUAUCGACACGAUUUAUGCCAUUGGCGACAAUAUUAAUACCGAUAUUUUCGGGGCGAACCUGUACGACAAGUAUUUAUCCCGCUACGAGUCCGGGGAGGGCACCAAGUCCCGCAGCCUCGAGAAACUCCUUGGGAAGAACAUGAGGGAUCCCAGCGCGAAGGCUUGCAUUAGUAUUUUAGUUGAGACUGGCGUGCACCAGCGAGAUUCCAAAUUUAUACCCGAACACAGUCCCAGAGAUUUCUUGCCGGUCGAUGACGGCCUAUGCAAGCCGGCAUUUAUCGUGAAGGACGUCGGGCAAGCUAUCAAUCUCGCCUUUAAAGAAGAGAAGUUUGAAUAAAUUAGCGCAUAAUAGAUAACCUUGGGAUACUCGUAUCCUUAUAUCGCCGGAGAAAAAGAAAGAGAGAGAGAGAGAGAGAGAGGAAAUAUGCAAGAUAAUGUGAGUAUUAUAGCAAAUAAUCUUUUAGAAAGUGUUAGCCUUCAUCAUAGACGAUGUUUCGCAGUAAAGAAACGGAAAAUAGCAGGAGAGGCUAUAAUACGUUACGAUUGUAUAUUAUAUUUAGUUUGCUCCUUUUUCAAUGUCUUUGUAACUUUUCUUAAACUGCCUACAUAACAAAAAAAAAGAGUUUUAGCGUGUUCUAGCGAAUGUAUUAAAGAAUUGCGUGGAAAAACGAAAUAAUUCAGAUUAAUUUAUAUUGUAGAUAAAAAAGGAUAUUGCCAUAUUAUUGUAUAAUAUAUACAUAUUGAGACGAUAAAUACACAUGUGUAAAAAGGACUUUAUUAUGACUAUUAGUAAACUUACAACUAUUGAAGUAAAGCUUUGUUCAAACAAGACUCUGGUACGUGUUCCGGGCAUAAUUUUAUAGCUACUUAACACUGAAAUCUUACUGGAAGAUACGUUGUAUAUGAACCAUCUCUAAACAUCUGUUAUUAUAGAUAAUAAUUAUAUCGUAGUUGCGCGGUAAACUGAGCUGAACAUAUUUUGUCCGCACAGUGCACUGUGCUCUACGCGCCUCUCUUAGUCGAAAGCAAUGCAACAUGUGCAAAGUGAUACGCUCCUAUAGGAAAUAAAUAAUAGGCAUAAUUUCGAACCGAUUGUUCUUAAAAUUCGUAGCUGAUAUACACUGCGUUCCGAGCGUGUAUAUGCAAAAGUAUAAUCUACCAUAUAUUAAAAAUAUAAUAAUAGAUAGAUUACACUUCAUAAUAUGUAUGUAUAUAUAUGUAUACACAUAUGUAUACAUACAUAUAUAGUCAGGUCUAGUCUUGAAAAGCAGCUCGUUAGUGAAAGCGAGUAAAUAACAAAAAUAUAGAGAGAUUUUUGUUGUUAUAGCAGACCAAGAUUAAAGCAAAUUGUUGCCUUCGGUCGCGAAAAUCAAUUUACUAAAAUGAAUGAAUGUGAAACAAUUGACGAGAAUUUAUACUGUGAAAUUACAUUGUUAAUUUUUGGAAGCAAGUUGGACGUAAAAUUUAUUUAAAAAAAUCGUUUUAAAGAAUGAUAGGACCCGUUUCUCAAUUUUUAAUAUCUGAAAUUUAACUCUACAGAGCAAAUUCUUGUCCAUUCUUUUUUUGAUUCAUUUAUUUCUUCUUGUGUAGAUUAUAUUUUUAGGAAUAGAUCAUUUAACGAUUAAUUAACGAUUAACGAUUUUGUUGAAAUUAAUCGAUUCUAAAUACUUGUCCUUAAAGUGCCAUUCGUGCGUGUUGAGACAUUCUUUGUAUAUAAAAAUUGCAUGAUUUGACGACACGCUAAUCCGACGGUAAGCGCACAUUAAUAUUUUGUACUUGCCCUUAUACAGCGCGAUUUUGACACAACGAUAAAAUCAAAUAUAAUUAUCAACUAUGCGUUAAUGUCUGUCGAGACAAAGACUGACCAGUUAAAUAGGGUUUAAAUGAACAUCGUGAACAAACCAGCUUAUCAUUCAUUCGCGACAAUGAGGUAUCGUGCAACGGUCAAAGUGCUGCAACGAUCACAUGCCAAUAAAAGUUUUGCCUCUGUCGCCAGCACCACUUAGUAGUUAACGAAAAAAAGAGAUACACUAUACUAAACGCAAAGCAUACACAUACAUGCACAUAUAAAUACUCUUUAAUCAUUUCUUAAAAUUAUAAUAUAUAUAUAAUAUACGUAUAUUAUAUGCAUAUAUUAUAUAUACAUAUGUGUAUUAUUCAUAUUAUUUACAUACUUGUCAUAUUCACACGCGCAUGCAUAAUAUACACUUUAGUAUGGUGUAUCUUUCUUAUAUUCAAGACAGUUGUUAAAUGUGUAGGAAGUGUCGCGUUUCAUCGAGGGCAAUAUCAAUACCUAUAACUCCUAACUAUAUCAAAUGUAGAAUUUUCAUGAUGUAGCUUCUGUGACUUUUAUGGAGCAAAUUAGAAUUUAUUUUAAUAAA